GGUUUUCUCCGAUCGAUGUGUUCCAGCCCGCAACCGCUGUAGAUGUUCGUUUCCCGACCUUAACGGUACUAAACUUUCAUCAUGGUGAAACCAGGCGAAAUUGGGCCAACCUUUGUGCAGAAGCCGUACAUCAAUCAAUCUUCGGAUGGACGAGUCCUGACAUUCGCGUGUAAAAUUGCCGGGAAUCCAAAACCGUCAAUCACGUGGUAUCGUGGCAACGACGAAAUCCGGGAUGGCGGUCGCUAUUUCAUGGAUGUUUUGCCCGAAGGGAACGCUUACGUGGUCUCCUUGGAGAUUGAUUCUGUGACACCGAGUGAUGGCGGCAAUUAUAAGAUUGUUGCCAAGAAUCAGUUUGGACAGACCAGUGGCAACAUUGCGUUGAAUUUUGGUCAGGAUCCAGCGGAUACUGGCGGCGACCAGGUGGAAGGCUCAGCCCCACGGUUUACAAUGAAGCCACUAAUGAAACAGUCAGACGACGGAAAGAAACUCACUAUCCAAUGCGAACUCGAGGCUGAUCCUCGUCCGCAGAUAACAUGGACAUGCAACGGUAAAGAACUGUUCGAUGGCGGAAAGUUUAAAAUACUCACUGAUGCGGAUGAGGAGUUCUAUUUCUUAAGUUUAGAAAUAACAGACGUGUCCGAUGCGGAUGGUGGCGAUUACGUGGUGUUUGCGAAGAACGCACUCGGAGAGUCAACGUCCAAGAUAAAAUUAAAUUUUGCAAGUCCUAACAAAAAUGGUCAUGAUCCCUCUUUAAAUUCAACCGGAGGAGCCGACGGUGCGCCCACUUUUACGUCGGAGCCACAAAUGAAGCAGUCGAAAGACGGAAGAAUUCUGACGUUUGAGUGCGAGAUAAAAUCAGAACUGGAACCCGACAUUAAGUGGUACAAAGGAGCCAAAGAAAUCAAAGAUGGCGGACGAUAUUUGAUAGACGUCGAGGCAGAUGACGAGUUUUAUUUUGCCGCGUUGGAAGUAGAAAAUAUAACACCGGACGACGCCGGGGAAUAUAAAGUUGUGGCAAAAAAUAAAAAAGGACAAUCAGAAAGGACAAUUAAUCUUAAUUUUGAUUCUGAACCCGAAAAGCCACAGAAAAAAGGUAAAGCCCCUCAGUUUGCUAGCAAACCAUUGAUGAGACAGUCAAAAGAUGGCCAUCAGUUAGUUUUUGAAACUACUUUAACUGCCGAUCCACAACCCCAAAUCACGUGGUACUGUGAUUCGAAAGUUAUCAAAGAUGGCGGUCGGUAUCAUAUCAUUACCAAGAAAGAAUCGGCAGAUCAGUAUUAUGUGUCAUUAGAGAUUACUGAUGUUACUCCCGAUGAUCAAGCUACCUAUAAAGCAGUAGCUGUCAAUGAUUUGGGUGAAAAUAGCUCAACCAUUAAUCUGAAUUUUAACAUUAAAAAAGAAGAUGUGCAAGGCGCGCCCUCAUUUCCGGAGAGACCCAGCAUCCGACAAGAGGAUGGUGGAAAAAUCCUGAUAAUUGAACAAAGGAUGUUAGCUGAGCCGAAACCAACAGUUGUUUGGAAACAUAAUGGAUCAGUGCUAAGAGACAGUGGAAGAUUUAGACUCAGUCUCCUUCCCCAGGGUAAGGUGUUCAUUCUGCAACUAGUGGUCUCUGAUUUCACACCCCCUGAUGGAGGAAUUUAUACUAUUCAGGCCAAGAAUGAAAAAGGAGAAGCCAAUUCUACGAUAACAGUCAAUGUAGAUGUUCAACAAGCUGAGAUACAACAAAGAGAGAAACCAGAAGAAGCUUUGCCGAUUCAGAUUGACUUUGGGGAUAUGGCUGAUUUGACGAUUACUAAAGAUGGUGAUAUGAAAAUUGACUUAUCAUCAAGUUUAAUUGAACCUUCUAAAAAUGGUGAAGUGAAAACACACAGGAAACAAUCAGUGACAACUAUUCAAAUAGGGCCUGAUGGUACAAAACAAGUUAAAAAAGAGACCGAAGAAUCCAUCUCUGUGUCAUCUACAGCGGUAGAGGGAACUGAAAAAACAGAAAAACCAACUUUUCUGGAAAAAUUGAAAAAUUUGACUGUCAAAGAUGGAGGUGAAGUUCUUUUCCGUGUCCGGAUAUCUGGAACACCACAACCAACAGUGACAUGGUUGAGAGCUGGUAAACCCCUCAAAUCAUCAAUUGAUUUCAUAAUGAAACAGGUAAAUGAUGUCUAUACAUUGAAUAUUGUGGAAGUAUUUCCUGAAGACAGUGGUACAUAUUCAUGUAAAGCUGUCAAUUCUGCAGGAGAAGUUAUAUCUAAAGCUGAACUUGAAGUAAUAGAACCACCACCGGAACCCAAGAAGAAGAAGCCAAUAGAAGAAGAGCCCAAGCUUGGUAAGAAGGAAACUCCUGCCCAGGAAUCUGCACCACCACCAAAAGAAGAACCUAAACAGAAGAAACCAAUAGAAGAAGAGCCCAUGUUAGCUAAAGAGGUCACUCCUGCCCAGGAAUCUGCACCACCACCAAAAGAAGAACCUAAACAGAAGAAACCAAUAGAAGAAGAGCCCAUGUUAGCUAAAGAGGUCACUCCUGCACAGGAAUCUGCACCACCAGCAGAAGCCAAACCAAAAGGUGAAGAGAAUGAGGAAAAGAAAGAGGAACCCAAAUUAAAACGGGAACCACCUAAAGCUAAACCAAAGCUAGAAAGAAGAGAUUCCUUAGCAGUUAGAAUGGGUAAGGAGAACACGUACCAAGGUUAA